UUUCCUCUGUGCUAGGCACUAAGGUACACCUGGGGAUAAAAUAGUCAGGGGUUCCACCUUCUGAGACUGUCAAAUAAGACCCAAAUAAACAAGACCGAAGACAAAAUGUAGCACGGCUAGGAAAUCUCCGAGGGUUGUGGGAGCUCAGACGAGACACUUAACUUGGCCUGAGACAUUAAUAGGCUUCCUGAUACAUAUAUUCCAGCCUAGUGAGUGUAAAUGUUCAGGGCAGUGGACACCUGCCUAGAUUACAGUGGGGCGGGAGAUUCUGGAGGUUUAAACUUGCUCCUGAUAGCAACUGUGAAACACGGAGAGGGGGGACUCUCAGAGGACUUGGGCUCUUAGAGCGCUAUUUUCUGGAGAACAGCCCCCUUUGGUGCCGUGUGGUCGGGGCUCUGUGCGUUAUUAGCUGGGAUAGAUUUGAAGUCCCUUAGGGAGUUGGCGCAGGGUCUCGACAACGGCUCCUUGCGUGUCUGAACAACCGUCCAACCACGAGUGCUCCAGGCAGCCGGCCCGGCUAGGGGCGUGGCCCCAGCGGCUUGGGAGUGCGGCCGCCCUGGAAGUGACGUACUGCCCCGCUGGCCGUGCGGAAGUGGAGAUGGCGGAGCUGUACGUGAAGCCGGGCAACAAGGAGCGCGGCUGGAACGAUCCGCCGCAGUUCUCAUACGGGCUGCAGAUCCAGGCUGGCGGACCCAAGCGUACGCCGCUCACGAAGAGGGUCGCCGCUCCCCAGGAUGGAUCCCCCAGAGUCCCCACCUCUGAGACUUCUCCUGGGGCUCCCCCAAUGGGACCUCCACCUCCUUCAAAUAAGGCUUCCAGGCCACCACUUGUGGGGAGUUCUCCUCCCUCCAGCACACAGCCCACAAAUUUCCCAGUUGUUGAGUCUGAGACUCUGCCGGAAGAUGUGCUGACACCUUUGGAACAGGCAUUGGAGGAUUGCCGUGGCCACACAAAGAAGCAGGUAUGUGAUGACAUCAGCCGACGCCUGGCUCUGCUGCAGGAACACUGGGCUGGAGGGAAGCUGUCAAUGCCUGUAAAGAAGAGGAUGGCUCUGCUUGUACAAGAGCUUUCAAGCCACCAGUGGGAUGCAGCAGAUGACAUCCACCGCUCACUCAUGGUUGACCAUGUGACUGAGGUCAGUCAAUGGAUGGUGGGAGUUAAAAGAUUAAUUGCAGAAAAGAGGAUUCUGUCUUCAGAGGAGGAGGCCAAUGAAGAGAAAUCUACAGCCACAGCUGAGCAGAACCAGACUGUACCAGGCAUCCAACAGGCUCCAUAAUCCUUUGGUUUCCCCAGACUGAUUUCACAUUGUCUCCUAUGCCUUGGUAUGGGAGGUCUUCUCUCACUUGGCUCCUUUUUACCACUUCAGAGACUGUCUGCCCCUUUUGGGUCCUUAGCCUGGCCCACCUCUAGGGGAAGAGGUCCCACAGAGGGGUCACUUGUUACCCAUACCAUAUGCAUUUCAAUAAAUACAUCUCAUUGUGGGCCCUGCGUAGGAGAGAUGAGCCCUUCCUAUGCCA